GUUACAAUUGAUCCGAGAUUAGUACCUAAAGUUGGUAUGACAUUCAGUGGGGUGGAUGAAGCAUAUAAAUUUUAUAGUAGGUAUGCAUAUGAAGUUGGAUUUCCAUUGAAAAAGUAUAGGGAACGGAAAAAUUGUAAGUGGUUGAAUUGCUCGAUGGAAGGCAAAAGAUCAGUAAGGGGAAUAUCAAACCCAAAGGUACGUAGUACCAGUUCGAAACGGACACAAUGCAAGGCCGGUAUGAAACUUAAAAAAAAUUUAUGAUGAUGCAAAAGAGACAGUUAUAUCAGUGCGUAUUGAUCUGUUGCACUUGGAUCAUAAUCAUGAAUUUUUUAAAAAGGAUACCGAAAAGAAUCAAUUACAAUGCAACAAGACGCAUGAUCCUGAAUACAUGGAGUUCAUAAGUUCAAUGCAAGAGAGUCGAAUCCCGCAACAUUGUAUUAUGGAUUAUGUAUCAGAAAUGCACGGUGGUCCUGAGAGUGUGCCUGUAACAGCACAGGACAUGUAUAACCUGAAAAAGGCAAAGCAACGAGAAAGAAAUGCAAAUGAUGUGGCAAAGCUACUAUCCUUUUUUGCAUCCUGCAAAAAGGAUAAUCCACAAUUUUUCUCUGACUUCCAAUUGGAUAAAGAAGGCAAGAUUUUGAGCAUAUUUUGGUCACAUGCAAGCCAGCAAGGGGAUUACAUGGAUUUUGGUGAUGCGGUUACAUUUGACACAACACAUAAGACUAAUCUGUAUGAAAAACCACUAGGUAUGUUUGUUGGUUCAAAUCACCACCUCCAUUGCACUAUAUUUGCUUUCGCAUUGUUGGGGGAUGAAACUGUUGAUACAUUUGAAUGGGUAUUCAACGCCUUCAAAACAUGCAUGGGAACCGAAGGGCCACGAGUGAUGCUGACAGGUACGACUGAUAAUAAUGAAUUAAAUAUCAAGAUCCUGCAAUGCCAGUAG